CGGUCUGCCCUAUCAUUCCAAGAUGGCGGACCUCCUGGGUUCAAUCUUAAGCUCGAUGGAGAAACCUCCAACAGUCGGCGACCAGGAAAGCCGACGAAAGGCACGAGAGCAAGCAGCAAGACUCAAGAAGAUGGAGGAGAUGGAGAAAAGAAAGAAAGCCGAGUUCAGGAAAAAGAUGGAGAAGGAAGUGUCAGACUUCAUCCAAGACAGUUCACAACAGAAAAGGAAAUACAAUCCCAUGGGGAAGAUUGAAAGGAGUAUAUUACACGAUGUUGCCGAAGUGGCUGGUUUGACUUCGUUUUCUUUCGGGGAGGACGAGGAGAGUCGCUACGUCAUGCUGUUUAAAAAGGAGUUUGCUCCAUCAGAUGAAGAGCUGGAAGCCUAUCGUAAAGGAGAGGAGUGGGAUCCCCAGCUGGCAGAACAACGCCGCAGACUAAAAGAACAGGCUGCGCAGGAGGAAGCGGCAUCCAGUCAGACAAAAACAUCACAGGCAUGUCCCAACUCCAACUACAGAGACAAGUACAGUCACCUGAUCGGCACCUCGGCUGCAAAGGAUGCUGCACACACACUAGAGGCCAACAGGGCUUAUGGCUGUGUUCCGGUGGCCAACAAGAGGGACACUCGCUCAAUAGAAGAAGCCAUGAAUGAAAUCAGAGCAAAGAAACGGCAGAAGCGAGAGGACGACACAGGGGCACACAGCAGCAGCUCUUGAGGCUCCACCGGUUCCUCUUCCUGUCUGCUGUUGUGUGUGCGUGCGUGCGAGUGCAUUAGUGUGUCUGUGUGCACUCCGUGUGUCUCAUUCAUCUUCAAAUGCAAUAUCCUGUACUUCAGACAUUUAAAAGUAUAAUUUAUAUGACAGGCCUUGAAUCGAGUGUGCACACCACUCUCUGACCAGGCCUGCGGUGAAAUCGUGAAUUCUUGUUGAGGAUGCUCAGGUGUGUCUGAUCCAAAAGGUGGAUUAUUUUACGUGUUUGUUUAACAUUGGCGGUGAUGUUCUGUGUGUUAAGUUUCUCACACACACACACGAUUGGACCAUUACAGUGGAAGACUCAAAAGAAAAAUGUGUUUGGGUGUUAAGCUUCUUAAAAACACCCUAUAUCCACGUGUCAUUUUUAAGAGAACAUUUCGGCAAACAUUGAUAUUUUUCAUGCAGAUGUGCAUUUCCAGGCCUAAGUAGAAGUUUUAUUAUUGAAAAUGUGGCUGAUUUUGAGCCUUUUAAAAGCCAGGUUUUAGAAACGUACAGCUUCAGUGUCUCACUGACAGUGUUCACAGCAUUCAUUGUAGAUUUGUACAUGGAAACAGAAAUGCGAUCUCUUGAGCAGUUUUUGGUUUGGUUUGUUGAUUUAUUAUUUUUUCUGUAAGUCUCAACUUGUUUGAGAACCUUCUAAAGUUUCUGGCCAUGUUGUCUAUCAUGAGAGGAACCCCAUUGUAGGAAAUACAGUUUUGUUGAUUUUUAGAAAUGUGUGACAAAGUCUGUGAUUUUCUUUGUUUCUAUACAUCUGCACUGACUGUGAAUGCUUCUGUUACUCCAGUGUAAAUGUUUUAUUAUUAAGCCGUGUGAUGGGCUUACAAAAGGCAUCACGGUAGGGAGUAAAAGUAACCAGGCUCCCUGUCGGGAUAUGGGUCACUACGUCUAUUCCUUUUGUUUGUCAUAAUCAUGCAAUCAAACGGGAGUUCAUUGGCACUGUGGUGUCUGUUUUAACAUGGUUGCACUGUUUUAUCCCCAUGUGUAAUAAUAAAUGGAGAAAAGAAUUA